CUGGGAGGUUUUCCGGGACUUCAGGCUGGGAUAUUAAGAUGCGUCUCCUCUCCUUUCUGCUGUGCCUGAGUUUGGUGGCUUCGGUAAAAUGUGCUGCUGGAGGUGACUGGUGCUAUAGUGGCUGCGAGCACACCCCAAGCCACUGGGGAGAUAUCUCUGCUUUCUGCGGAGGCCAAAGGCAGUCUCCUGUUAAUAUAAUCCCCAGCCUUGCUCAGACUGACCCUCACCUGCAUAACUUUAACUUCGUCAACUUCUCCUCUCCGCACACCCUCAAGUCCAUCACACACACUGGAAAAACAGUGAAAUGCGUUUUGGAGGAAAAUCGAGUUGAAGUGAGUGGAGGUGGACUCAAUGGAACUUAUUCUACGGUUCAGUUUCACUUUCACUGGGGCGACACAGAACAUCAUCCAGGUUCAGAGCACACAGUUGAUGGGCACAGAUAUCCUAUGGAGAUGCACAUUGUCAGUCUGAAGAAAGGUUUUUCUCUGGAGCAGGCCACAGCGGAUCCAGAGGGAACUGCCGUUCUUGGGUUUUUCAUGAAUGCGACAGAAGAUGGAGAUAUGCUGGGACCAUGGGGCAAUCUCACAUCUCUCCUGACAGAGAACAUAACCUCUGAAGUUGAAGUAAACCAUACCAUCUCCAUUGAUGACCUGAUUGAAAAUGUGAACCUCACAAAGUUCUAUCGGUACAAGGGCUCCCUGACCACCCCCAACUGCAACGAAGCCGUCAUGUGGACGGUCUUUCAAGAGCCAAUCAACAUCAACAAAAAACUGCUUGAACGGUUUCCCACAAAAGCAGGGUACACCAAUGUUUAUCGGCCGACACAACCACUCAAUGGACGUCGUGUGUUUGCUUCCCCUGCAACUCCUUUACCUCCCAGUCCUCCAUGGUGCUACGAUGAUCACUGUGAGUAUACGCCUUCUCACUGGCACCUUCUGCGUUACGCCCACUGCGAUGGCGAACGCCAGUCACCCAUCAACAUUGAGGCGAAGAAGGCUGUGGAAGACGAGCAUCUUGUAGAAUUCACCUACACAAAGUUUGACGACAAACAUUCCAUGAAGUACAUCAUUAACACAGGCCACACAGUGAAGGUUGCACUGAAGGAGGACUUGGUCGAGGUCUCAGGGGGAGGUUUGGGACACGUCUACUCCACCCUUCAGCUCCACUUCCAUUGGGGCACUGAAUCGCAUGAUGGCUCUGAGCACACAAUGGAUGCAAAAAGAUACCCUAUGGAGAUGCACAUAGUGAACAAGAGGAAGGACUUAACUGUGGAGGAGGCAAAACAGACUCCCAAUGGUCUGGCAGUGCUGGGAUUCUUUAUUGAGCAUAAGGGUACCCACAAAAGCAGUAGUGGCUCAGAACAUUCUGAGACAUCUACCACGUCUGAUACUGAUCCCUGGAAAAAACUGACCGACCACUUUUCAGCUAUUCAAAACAUCAGCUCAAAAGUUAAUGUCACAGAGGAAAUCUCGAUUGAUGACUUGCUGGGCGAAGUAAACCGAGGGGAAUACUACCGCUACAAUGGCUCCCUAACUACACCAACAUGUGAUGAAGCGGUGGUUUGGACAGUCUUUAAAGAGUCUAUCAAGGUGGACGAAAAACUGAUGACGAAGUUCUCAACUGAAGCCGGAUAUCACAACGUGUAUCGGCCUACACAGCGUCUUCAUAACAGGAAAGUCUACUCCACCAAAUCAGCAUCCAGUGCCUCUGGUCCCAUCACAUUGCUUCUGCUGCUGGCAUGUCUUUAUACCUUUUCAUAUAACUUGCACAUGUGAGAAGGUCAGUUAAUCGAAACUGCUAUAAAGAAGUAUAUUGCACUAAUUGCUCAUCUUGCACUAUUACGUUUAUUAUUCCAAAAUUUCUUGCUUCAUUGGAGAUUUCAAUUUAAAUACAUUUCAGAAUUCAGUUAUGUAAUCUCAUAAUCAAGGCAUUGGUAACUAUAGGCUGACAAAAAAAGCUUCAUUUUCUGUUUUAUCAGACUCUAGGGUGCUGCAGUUCUAAUAAUGUUGUUUAAUAAUACUGUUUUGACCACUCAGCCAUUUUAAAUUCAACUACAGUAGUAAAAAUAAUAUUAAUGGCAUGAUUUGUAAGUAGGGUGGGUCAUAAUUGAUCAUGUACAGCAGUACCAAUAAGAAUCAACUAAAUCUCAGGUAAUUCAAGACUACUGUGUGAUAUGCUGAAUGAUUCAAUGAUUACAGUUGUUGACUGCGCAGAACACAGACAAAGAAAAUUUAAUAUUGCAGUAAGUGUUCUUGUGUUUUCAUCAAUGGGCAAUGCACUAUACCAUUGUAACCACUUAAAAAAAUAAGAAUUGAAUUAAAAAUAAAUAAAUAUCUCAGUGCUGUUUGGG